AUGACAGCACUCACUGAUGAUGCCGGCGAAACGUUUGAGAAUGUACCAAGUCCACAGCUGAUGCUGGGAAUCAUGGCAACUACUAUGGCAGACGACUUCGGACUAGGUGCGUUCUACUAA